UAGUGGGACUGAGAUGCAAGAUCUUAUCCACACCACACAGCGGCCAGAUACUUGAUCGUGCUUGGAUGGAGGGGCGAAACCCGAUCGCCUGUUGUGCUGCCUGCAACUCAGAGGAGUGACUUAUCAGGACGCGUUAAAAAUGUCUUCUUCCUCGAGCGAGGUCAUUAGUGCCGAUGAGACCAAAAGGGAGAGCGCAAGGGCACUGGAGAAUCGUGGGAGUGUCAAGCUGUCAGUGCUGGACCUCGCGGAGUUGUCCAUGGAGAAUGCAACUUUAGCCAUCGAUGCGGUCCGUUCCGAACUUUUGGACUGCACAUCGUCCUCACUGGCCUUCUCUCCCGAGCAGGUGGCGUGCGUCUGCGAAGCGCUGCUGCAGGGUGGGAACGUGGAGCGCCUGGCCAGGUUCCUCUGGUCACUGCCGCAGAGUGACCUGCUGCGGGGCAACGAGAGCAUCCUGAAAGCGCAAGCGAUAGUCGCUUUCCACCAGGCCCGCUUCCAUGAGCUCUACUGCAUUUUGGAGAACCACAGUUUCAGUCCGUCAAAUCACCCGUCUCUGCAGGAAAUGUGGUACAAGGCGCGUUACACCGAAGCGGAGAAGGCGCGGGGCAGACCGCUGGGUGCCGUGGACAAGUAUCGCUUACGCAGGAAAUAUCCUCUGCCUCGGACUAUAUGGGACGGAGAAGAGACCGUGUAUUGUUUCAAAGAGAGGUCUAGGAAUGCGCUGAAGGAUAUGUAUAAACGGAACCGGUACCCAUCUCCAGCCGAGAAACGCAAUCUCGCCAAAAUCACAGGACUUUCUUUGACUCAGGUCAGCAACUGGUUCAAAAACAGGCGACAGAGAGACCGAAAUCCAUCCGAGGCGCAGUCAAAAAGUGAGUCAGAUGGCAAUCACAGCACUGAAGAUGAGUCCAGUAAAGGCCAGGAGGACUUGUCACCACGUCCCCUGUCCAGUGGCUCUUCAAGCUCAGCUGUACAUGGAACAGCCCCCUCUACAGUUUACUCAGAUGGAGGAACAACAGUCAUCCAACAAAUCGGAGAUGUUAAAAUGCCCACACACGCGGCUGCAGGAAUGAGUUUUAAUGGUGACCUUGCAAGUUCGAAUGCUCACUACAUCAACGGUGGAGCCUAUGUUCAGUCACAUGGGAACAAUGCUCUCCUGAAUGGACUCUGUGCCACAGGUGGCCAUUUCUUGACCUUUGACCCCCAGAGGGUCUCCCAUCACAGCCAGGAGAGGCUGUUGGGUGGGUCCUCUGUGUCCUAUGCAUCUUAUUCAAUGGGGGUUUCUGAAACUGGAUCUGGAAAGCUGGAGAGCAUGCAAACUCUAGUUUCCAAUGCUGAAGAUGGAGUAAAUUCUUCAGUGGUCUCUUUCGCCUCUGCCCCUUCCAUGCCCGCCACUACCUCAGGAGCACAUCAUCUGAGCAGUUACAGUGUGGUCAAUCAUCCUGGAACUGAAUCCACCAUGGGUCUUCCUCCUUUAAUGAUGCCUCCAUCCUCCACAUCAUCUUCUCAUGGCUCUACUCCUUUGGGCAAUGUGGUCAGUGACUCUUCCCAGCACUCGAGCCAAACCCUGCUCUACACCCAGACUGUCAAGCAGGAGCCUUUGGAUGUGGCUGGAAGCUACACCUAUCCUUCUGAAAUGCCCCUGGACCAAGGCAGCAGCCUGGGCUACACAGCCUCCCUUUUCCUUUCUUCAAAUCUCGGCUCAUCUUCCUCCAGUGGCAGCUCUCUUCCCCCUACUGCCACAGCUACGGUCACCUCUGCCCUCUCCAGCACAGAGGUCCACCACUCUCUGAAUCAAGCUAGACGUGGCCUCCAGGGGGACAAUGGAGCCCUGUCCUCGGACUACAGGUCCCAAGAUGUCCAGUUGCCCCUGUCCAACAGCCUGCAGGUCCCUGCCAGGGUAGGAGAGGGCCCGAUCAGGGUUGUUUGUGUAGAUCUGGAUAUGGAGGGUAAAGAGCUGGCCAAGCUGCAAACUGUACAAAUGGAUGACGAUGGCAGUGACCUCUGACUUGUGGUAUGAUGUCAUUAGUAGUUAAGAGCUGCAUUUCACUUGUGCUGGACUGGUUUUGUUGCACCACACUGUGGCCUAAUAAAAGGGACCCCAUAAGCACAAAUCUUUCUUAAACAUUUGAACCCUAAUAAUGGAUAUUAAUGGUGUAACAAAUAUGAACAGUGCCUUUCUGUCCUCAGAUAUCCCAACUUGCACUAAGAGGGCUGCAGAAUGUACCAGGGAAUGUACCAGGGACCUUUUGAAGAUUAUUUAUCUGCACCAUCUUUACUCUCACCUAAAAAAAAAAAAAAGUAUGAAAGAAAGACCUAUUAAAGCACAAUACAAAUGUGCACUGAAUCCAAAUUCAGAAACUGCAGCUUUACACUGAUUAUUUCUUAGAACACGAUUUUAUGAAAGCACAGAUGUGUGUUUUUGUUGUUGAUGGUCUUUUUAUUUAAACUCUUUGAGUGUGAUGAUACAAAUGUGAUAAAGUUAUUUUGUUAUGUUUGACUUUUGAGUUUUAUGUUACAGAAUGUUUGAUUUAAACUUAAAUGCCUCUUUCUAUGCAUCCCAAUGUGGACUUUGUUCUUUUUAAUUGUAUAAUCCUAACCAUUAGAGCAGCUGGUCAUUUGUGCCUUCCUCAUAAACUGUCAACAUGCAAGGAAGAAAUAAGAUCUAAACUAGACGAGCCUCUUCUUCCUCCAGUGUUUGCAAGACUUCAUCUAAAGUAGUGAGUGAGUGUUUGUUUUUCUGUCUUAAAAUGAUUUGGCCAUGUUGAGAUCUGUACUUCAGAUUUGCAUUUGACAUUUCUUUUAGCAUUAGAAAAGGCCCAGUGCUGAAUUCACUGAUCCUCGAAGGACAAAUGAAAUAUACUGACACCAAACAUGAGCUCUGCACAUAUGGCAAGAAUCACAAGAAAACUUAAAACGUCAGUCCUUCCUGAAAGAAUCCUAUUUUUCUAAACC